AUGGACAAUGUGACCUCAAUACAUGUGUUUUUUCUUUCAGGUUUAAAUGAAACAAUGAAGCACAGACUUGUUCUUUUCUCUGUGACUUUAAUAUGUUACUGUGUGAUUUUGCUGUUUAAUGUUUCUCUUGUUGUGAUCAUUAUUUUAGAUAAGAAUCUCCAUGAACCCAUGUAUAUUCUACUGUGUGCUUACUGCUUGAAUACACUCUAUGGGACGACAGGUUUUUACCCCAAAUUUCUCUGGGAUCUGCUGUCUCCUGUCCAUUUGAUCUCUUAUUCCGGCUGUCUGAUUCAGGCUCUGGUCAUGUACUCAUUUGCUUGCAGUGAACUUUCUAUUCUUGCACUUAUGUCAUAUGACAGAUACCUGGCUAUAUGUCACCCCCUGCAGUAUCACUCCAUCAUGACAAAGAAAAGACUGUUUCAGUUAGUAGUUUUCUCAUGGCUCAUACCUUUUAUCAUUUUUUGCAUUAAUAUUUUCCUGACAUCCAGACUGAAAUUAUGCAGGUCAGUUAUUUCCAGGCUUCUCUGUGUUAACUGGACUAUUGUUCAACUUGCUUGUCCUUCAUCUGACACGAUGAUUAACAGCAUCAUUGCAUAUAUUACCAUAAUACUUUAUGCGUCUCAUGGUUUGUUCAUAGUUUGGUCAUACAUGUAUCUAAUCAGAAAAUGCAUCAAUUCUCUAGAAAACAGGAGAAAGUUCAUGCAAACCUGUGUGCCACAUUUAACCUCCUUACUCACUUUCCUUGUGACUAUAGGCUUUGAUCUUAUGUAUAUGCGGUUUGGUUCAAAAGAUUUACCACAAACCUUUCAGAAUUUUGUUGCAAUAGAAUUCCUUGUCAUACCUCCCUUUAUGAAUCCUCUGAUUUAUGGUUUCAAAUUGUCAAAUAUUCGGAACAAAAUUCAAGAUUUGACUAGAUAUAAAUAUUAA